AUGCGGCAGGAGGAGGAACGGCGUGAAAAGGAAGUCUUCGAAGAGCGUAUGAAGGAGAUGCGUAGGCAGUUGGAGGAACGGAAAGCGCGCCAUGAUCAGGAGUUACAGCUCCUUAAGGAACUGCACGCACUGCAAAUGAAAUGUGAUGCAGAAAAGAAGGAGCAGGAAGAGAUGUUCAAGCAGGAACGAACGCGUUUGCUACACCCACACCAACAGGACGACGAACAAAAGAGCAUUCCACUAAACUGUGAGGAAACCCAAGCCUUGUUGGAGGGAGGGGAUACAGCAGUUUCGACAAAGACGGAGCAGACAAUUGUGCCGGCCGGUGACGGGUCGGGGCAAAGUUUAAGCAGGUUGACGAAAGAACAGAUUGCAACGAGGAAGAGCAUUUCCACGAAACUGCCGAAGUUCGCCGGUGAAGCCGAAGUGUGGCCGUUGUUUAUCAGCAGCUACACACACACCAACGAAGCAUGCGGUUUCACCAACUUGGAGAAUCUACAGCGUCUCCAGGAGUGCUUGCAUGGGGAAGCGUUGGAGGCAGUGAGAGGACGAUUGCUGAUGCCUCAUUCGGUUCCAGGCGUGAUCGCGGAAUUGAAGCGUCGAUAUGGAAACCCAAAACGGCUAUUGAAAAUGCUGCUUCGAAAAAUUCGGGCUACCGAACCCCCGCGAGAGAAACGCUUGGUGACGUUCGUGGAAUUCGGGACGAAGGUGCAACAGCUAUGCGAUCACGUAGAGGAAUGCGGUCUAACCGAACACAUAAGCAAUCCACUGCUAGUUGACGAAUUGGUGAACAAAUUGCCUUUGCAGUACCAAAGAGAGUGGUCUCGCUUCGAACGGGAGCAGAAUGAUAGCUCGUUGUUGGGAUUUUCAAGGUACAUUUCAGGAUUGGUGGAUGAUAUUUCGGAUGUAAUGGAACGCCUUGAAGACGACCGUAAUCCCACACAAGAGAAAAAACGGGUGAAUGUACACGCUACCGAAACAUCUUCUACUCAGAGAAGCGAAUCUUGCUGGAAUUGCGGAGAACAGACUCAUCGACUUAAGAACUGUGGAAGUUUCAAGCAGAUGCCUUUGAGUGAAAAAAUGAAGCGGAUUAAAAAUCUACAGUUGUGUGAGACGUGCUUAGCAAGAGGCUGCAACGGGAAGUGCGCAUACAAGGUUAGAUGUGCAAGAUGUAAAGGUCGUCAUCAUACACUGCUACAUAGGUCUGAAGAAUCUUUGCACACCAGUAGUACGGCGAAGGACGUCGUUGUGAAGCGGGAUACGGUGGUUGUAUUCCGAAUGAUACCAGUGACGCUUUACUAUGGAAGCAUGACGUUAGACGUGAUGGCGUUUAUUGACGAAGGGUCGUCAGUCACCUUGCUCGAUGACUCAGCCGCAAGGCACCUGAACGUGUCAGGUGUGCCGGAGCCGUUGGUGAUCAGCUGGACUAACGACAUUAACCGUCACGAAAACGAGUCCCGCUUGGUGCAACUGAUGAUAUCGGAGCGAGGUUCAGGGCAGAAGUACGAGUUGAUCAACACACGCACCGUGUCUGAAUUGAAACUUCCCAUGCCGUAUGUGACAAUCGCCGACCUCAAGUGUAAGUACGCGCAUCUUACAGACAUUUCUGCGAAGGAAUACCUUCCACAGCGGCCAAUGAUUAUUCUGGGACUAGAUAACGUACAUUUGUUUGCUCCCAUUGAGUCUCGUUUAGGAAAUGUUGGGGAGCCCAUCGCUGUACGAUCGUUACUAGGUUGGUCGAUAUUCGGAACGGAGAGAUGCUCGAGAAUGUUCAGCGCGUAUUUGAAUCUACAUACGGCUUCACAAAUGAGUAAUGAAAUGUUGCACGAUCUAAUAAAAGAGCAGUACAGGCUAGAAGAUCUAGACAAGACGACGCAUACGAUGCCUGAAGCAGCAGAUGAACAGCGCGCUAGAACCCUGCUCGAAUCUACAACGUGUCGUGUGGGUGACCGUUUCGAAACUGGUCUCCUGUGGAAGAAUGAUGUUCGCCACUUUCCUGACAGCUAUCCAAUGGCUGAAAAACGUAUGCAAUCCUUAGAGCGAAAGCUGAAUAGGCAACCACAGUUGAAGGAGGUUGUGCUACAAAAGAUGGAGGAUUAUCAGCAAAAGGGAUAUGCUCAUAAAAUCAAUCCAAAUGAAAUGCUAGUACCCGGUAACAGCGUGUGGUAUAUUCCGCUUAAUGUAGUGCAAAACCCAAAGAAGCCGGGAAAGGUACGGCUAGUAUGGGAUGCAGCGGCAUCAGUGAAAGGUGUAUCACUGAAUUCAGAACUUCUUAAAGGGCCAGAUAUGCUGAUACCGCUUCCAAACAUCAUCAGCAAUUUUCGAGAAAAGGCAAUAGCUUUCGGGGCCGAUAUCAAGGAGAUGUACCAUCAGAUCCGGAUUCGUGAUGCUGAUAAACAAGCGCAGCGGUUUCUUUUUGGUUAUGAUUCGUCGGGUCGGCCGCAAGUCUACGUCAUGGAUGUUGCGACUUUCGGAGCAACGUGCUCGCCGAGCUCUGCACAAUACAUAAAAAACUUGAAUGCCGCACAACAUCAGCAUGAAUACCCUGAAGCAGCUGAAGCGAUCAUCAAACGUCACUACGUAGACGAUUAUUUCGACUGUACUGAUACCGUUGAAGAAGCUGUUUCAUUGGCAGAGCAAGUGAAAUAUGUCCAUUCUAAGGGCGGAUUUCAUAUCCGCAAUUGGGUGUCCAAUUCUACGGAGGUGUUGAGCGCUUUGAAAGAAGACAACGCAGAAGAUCGAAUACGCUUCAAGGGAGAAAAUACCGCAUCAACAGAACGAGUGCUUGGCAUAUCCUGGUUAGCAAAUGAAGAUGUAUUUUGCCUCAAUUCGGAGAACAAUGAUAAUGCAUUGCUAACAGAUCUGCAAGAGUCGCAACCGUCCAAAAGAAAAGUGCUCAGCUUCAUAAUGGGACAUUUCGAUCCAAUGGGCUUCUUCGCACCGAUCACCGUGAGAGGAAAAAUGUUGAUGCAAGAUAUUUGGAGAACUGGCUGCAACUGGGACGAACCUAUAGAGGCGACCUGUUACGAAAGGUGGUGUCAGAUGAUUCAGAACAUGCAGAAUGUUGGUCUGCUGAAGAUACCACGUAGCUACUUCGGGAAGGCUUUAUCGAGCGAGAUAAAAGAUGUCCAGUUGCAUGUAUUCACGGAUGCAAGUGAAACGGCGUUCGGAUGUGUAGCGUAUUUUCGUGCCGUGGUUCAGGGUGAAGUAAGGUGUUCACUUGUGAUGAGCCGCACCAAGGUGGCUCCGUUGAAGAAGAUCUCGAUUCCACGCCUCGAACUUCUUGGAGCAGUGCUGGGAGCACGAAUGGCGAAGACAAUACGAGACAACCAUAAACUGGCGAUUGACAGAGUGGUUAUAUGGACAGAUGCCAAAGUCGUUUUAUCAUGGAUCAGAUCGGAUCAUCGUCGGUAUAAACAGUUUGUUGGAUUCCGUGUAGGUGAGAUACUGGAUCUCACUAACAUAUCUGAUUGGCGCUGGAUUCCUAGCAAGAUGAACAUAGCUGACAUUCUGACGAAAUGGGGAAAGGCUCCAGAUAUAGGACCAGAUAGUGAUUGGGUAUGUGGACCGAAGUUUCUUCGAGCGGAUGAAUGUUGCUGGCCUGUUCAAGAGUUACCACCUGCGAACACUACUGAGGAGCUAAGAGCACACCUUCUUAUACACAAUGUGGAGCUGCUGAAAGGUUUCAUCGAUGUUAGACGUUUCUCGAAGUGGACCGUAUUGGUGAGAACCGUAGCUUGUGUAUACAGAUUCAUAGCGAAUUGCAUCAAGAAAGCUAAAGGAGAGCCGAUUGAGACGCUACGUGCUACAGUAAAUCAACAGAAGAUCCUGAUGGCAGUUGGUCUAACCACUAAACGUACCCCCCUGCAACAACCCGAAUAUGCGAAUGCGGAGAUGGUGUUAAUAAGGACAGCUCAAGCCGAGAGUUUCAUCGAUGAGUGGAAGACCUUAAUGAAGAACAAAGAGUCUUCGUCAAACCAAUGGAUCGGCCUGGAAAGGAGUAGCCCGCUGUUUAGAUUAUCUCCUUUCAUAGAUGAGAAUGAUCUAAUUCGCAUGGAAGGGAGGACCGAAUAUGCAGAAUCGCUUCCUUACAACAUGCGAUUCCCCAUCAUCCUGCCGAGUGACCACUACAUUACUGGAUUGAUUAUACAACACUAUCACGAACGGUACGGACACGGUUAUCGAGAGACGGUAAAGAACGAACUACGUCAGCACUACUACAUUCCGCAUCUGGAUGCAGCUGUACGCAGGGAGACGGCGAAAUGCAUGUGGUGCAAAGUUCGUCGUAACCAACCGACAACACCGAGAAUGGCACCUCUACCCCCUCAACGUUUGACGCCUAACGUCCGACCGUUCAGCUAUACUGGCGUUGAUUACAUCGGGCCGUACGAGGUAUCAAUUGGGCGGAGGACGGAGAAAAGAUGGAUCGUACUAUUCACAUGCCUGGUUGUACGCGGUAUCCACCUGGAAAUAGCACACAGUCUUUCAACGAUGUCGUGCAUGAUGGCGUUGCGUCGGUUCAUCUGUCGGCGAGGCUGGCCGAUAGAGUUUGUAUCGGACAAUGGUACAAAUUUCAAAGGGGCGAGUCGCGAAAUAGUUGGAGCUUUACGCGACAUCGAAGAGGAGUGUGCGGACCAGCUGACGAACGCGCGGACAAGGUGGACGUUUAAUCCGCCGGUUGCACCCCAUAUGGGGGGCGUGUGGGAGCGGCUUGUAAGAUCAGUAAAGGGUGUUUUCGAUGCGUUACAAGACGCUGCCACCAAUGCAGCACAAAGCUUCAAUCGAGCCAAACUGAUCCUUUCAAGCGGCGCUAAACGAGACUUAGCAGCAAGAAGUUGA